AUGUCGUCCGAUAAACCUGUACCAUGUGGACCUUGUCAAGAAGGAAUGGUAAACACUAAAGCUGACAUCUGGUGUAACAACUGUGAUGAAGGACUGUGCUCAACAUGUUCCAGUCAUCACAAACAGUCCAGAGGAACACGAAAUCAUAAGACUAUUGAUAUCAAAAGCUAUAAACCAUCCAUUCCUGCUAUUCAGACUGAAUGUGACAAACAUGGUCAACAACUCAACUGGUAUUGCCCCAGUCAUUUAAUGCCUUGCUGUGAUAAAUGUAUUUCCACUAGUCAUUCGAAAUGUACUGGAAUAAAAAGUUUAGCUAGUGUUGUGGAGAUAACAAAAAUUGAAGAGUCAACACAGUCCAUAGUAAAACAAAUUGACUCCAUAAAACACUUUUUGGAUAAAUUGAUUGAAAACAAAUCUAUAAACAUAAGCAGAGGUGAAAAAGAAAACAAAAACAUCCAAAAACUUAUUGCUGAUAUUCGCAAGAAAAUAAAUAAUCAUUUAAUCAACCUGGAGAAGAAGUUUUGCAAUGAAGCAGACGUCAACUUGAAUCAGGAAAAAUUGAAAGCAACAGAUUUCAUGGCUGAAAUUGAAGGAAAACAGAUACAAUUAAAGGAAAUGCAAGACCACUUACACACAGUCAUAUUUAACAGUUCAAAACUGCAAUCAUUUCUAGGAGUACAUCAGAUUGAACAACAAGUACACCAAUGUCAACGAUAUGUCGACGAUCUAGAAAAUGAUGGCAGGGCAAAAAAAUGCAACAUCAAAAUGAAGCAAAAUGAUGAAAUAGAAAAAAUACUUAGGAAGUUAGAAUCAUUGGAAACUCUAGGAGAAGUAAUGGUUUUUAAAACCGAUAUAGACUUGAAUAGAGAUACAAGUGUGAAGAGGGAAGCACAAGUAGAAUCAAGAGAACAAUUCAACAUCAACAACAUGACCAUGACAAUUGAGACAAAGAUAGACCUCAACAUAAAUAGACAGAUUAGUGACAUGAUUUGUCUGAUGGAUGGAAGAGUAGUUAUAGUAGUCGAAUUGGAUAGUAAUGUUUAUGUACUUACUGACAAUGGCGAACUUGAGAAACAGGUUCCUAUAUCUGGUGAUGCUGUCUGUGUCACACAAAUCAAUCAGAACACAAUUGCCAUAACUUAUCCGGAAGAGAAAGCCAUUAAGAUCUUCAAUAUGGACAGUGAAACCGUUACCAAAGUAAUCACUUUAAACAAAAAAUGCUAUGGUUUAUCAUUCUCUAUGAAUUCUAUGGUAGUAGGUUUGAGUAUUGAUGAGAUCCGUAUUAUAGACUUGGAAGGAAAUUCACUGAAAUCAGUACAUGUUCAGUGUACAUCACGCCUGAUUUACCUUAUCUACUGUAAUGACAGAGUAACCUAUAGUGACUAUGUUGGUAAUGCAGUAUACUGUGUGGAUGGAUCAGGUAAACAGAUCUGGGACUAUCAACAGGAUUUGAGAGGACCAAAGGGACUAUGUACAGAUGUUUAUGGUAACAUUAUUGUAGCAGACCAAUACUCUGAUAGAAUAAUAAUGAUAUCAAAAGAUGGACAGACUAGUAAAGUAUUGAUUAGUGAAGAGGAAGGACUAAGGAAACCUCAGUGUAUUUGUUUAAAACCUAAUGAUUCUUCAGGUUAUAUUUGGUGUGAUUACUAUAACACAUACUUGGAAAAGUUCAAUUUAUCUUCUGGAUAACAUAUGGACUGAGAAUUCCAAUGAUCAUGUACUACAACAAAUAACAUAUAUUUAUUUACCAUAGUUUAACUCGCAUAAAAGUUGGACUUUGGGAGAAAAUUCAGAAUCCAGAAAAGAGAUACCGACUAAUAAGCAAGAUUCAGCAACCAAAAAAAAAUAACUGAGGAGAGGUUGUCAGAUAUGAAUUUCCGGAGCAAAUUAUUUUGGUGAUGGCUAAACCUUCUAAAUCUUUAAUUCUAACAUGACGUCCUUCAAACGCUUUGAGUAC